AUGACACCAGCGGCACCACCAUUUGAAACACUGUUACCAAAAGCGAGGUUCCGAAACAUUCAACGUGUUUUCGAAACAAUUCCGGCUACUGUGAUUGGUACGAAGAAGUCACCAAAAAUGAAAAUCGAAAGCAGAAAAUUAUUGCAAUCUCUCUGUCAAGGAAUGGAGAGCUGUGAAGAAGAGGAUGACCAUUCUCCGAGACGUGCACACUCUUUUCAUCGGAUGGAUAGCAAAGAUGGUACCCCUAGCACAUCAAGCAGAUGCUUUGGUGACAGCCAUUUUGAAAUCAGUGAUGAGGAUCGCGAUAUCUGUUCUUCUCGCCGUGAAACUGUGAAGAAAACAGAGCCUGGAGGGUCUGAAAGAUGUCGUGAGAUGAAGGGAGAUGAACACUUCUUAAAAGAAGAAUGUAUUGAAUCAAUACUUGAUGACCGCUAUCCCUUUUUGGACGGUAACAACCGCCGGAACUACUACAUUAUCAGAAGUGAUGGUCGGCUUGCAGAAGUAUUUCGCACAGACCUUUUUGAUAGGCUUCGAAAAGGAAUAAAUACUAAUGAUGAAAGUGACGAUGACGAUAUUCCUGGAAGCGGUUUAGCUCGAAUGUCCGAUAGGUGGCGCGCAGAAUGGACGAAUGGAAUCCAGAUUCCUCUUCGCGCGAACAACCCAAAUCCAUCCGAAAUUCGCAAAGCUGUUGUAAAGCGCAUGACGUCCAGGAUUAGUCGUACACUUCAAAAAAGACGCGAACUGCUUAGCGAAUUCUAUGCCAACGCUUAUGAGCCUAUCCAAGCAACAACUCUUCGGCUCUAUGAAUGCACCAUCUUGGAUGAGUUAUGGGUGAAACUACUCAACGAGCAGCGAACGCGGACGAACAGUAGUCUGCUGCCUAUGGAAACCUUUUUGGAGAUCAUGAACGAGUUUGAAAUUGAAUGCUACAAGAAUAUACACCGAAAACUUCUCGAACCGCUUCACUCUCCAAGUUCUCGAAUAGAGGAUGGUGAUGAAGAGGCUGCUUGCGACAUUUGCUCAGCGGUAGACAGCGAGCCUGAUGACGAAAUGGUAUUUUGUGACGGCUGCAAUUUGUGUGUUCAUAUGUCGUGUUAUGGUUUGCAAGAGUUGCCCCCUGAUGAGUGGCUGUGUAUGAAAUGUAGACUGUGUUUUGGUGAGUGUUCCAUAUGCGACACACGGCAAGGUGCUUGUAUAAAGUGUUCUGUAGGCUCUUGCAUGUCGUCGUUUCACGCCACAUGUGCUCUUCGCAGUGGAUUAGAGAUGCGUAUUGAAUCAGAUCCGGUCGACGACAGAGUUCACAUGAUAUCACUUUGUCCGCGGCACCGCUCUGCAAAACCUUUCGCGAAGGACGAAGCCGUUUGUGAAUCUAGUCAGGCUGCAUCCGAUGAAGAAACAGCAGGUAAUUACGACUCCGGACCUUUGGCAAAGCUCGAACAAACUUUUUACGACUUUGUUGAUCAUGCUGCUAUCGCUGUGAAGUUGGAACUUGAUCCAUCACUGGUAGCUGAUGUCUUCUCUUACUGGGUGAAAAAACGCUUGCAACUGAACAAAGGCAAACCACUAAUUGAAAACCUGCAAGAUGAAAUCAAAAUAGUUCAACCGGAACCUCCUCAACUAGAGUUGCCCGUUUAUACUGAAUCUAAUUCGCACUUGCCUGCGUCACCUGAGCCGGUCAAGAGGAAACGAGGCCGUCCACGGAAAAAUCCGGUUGACCCAAGUGUGGUUCCACUGACUCCAAAACCGGUGACUGUUGCUAAGGAAACGCUUCGCAAGAUGGAAUGGUUGCUGCACUCCCUUUAUGGGAAAAACCGACUAUUAUGCAUGCAGUGA